AUGGACAAUUCCCAUGGUGACGUGAGGACAACACCAGAUGUAACAGAGGUCCCGACCAAGGCUGAGACAGCUUCCACCCUCACGAACGGGGUAAACGGUGUCAAUGACGACGCGCACGAUCAAAUCCACACCCACACCCACAACCACACCCACCAUCACGACCACGACCACGACCACGCUCAUCACGAUGAUGCAAAUGCGGGUGCACUGUUCCAGGUCACCGUCAAGCUGCCGCACAAGCCCUACAAGCAGACGAUAAUGGUGACGAGCCAAGAACAGGUGCAGGAUGUCCGUCAGUCCAUUGUCGAGACCCCCGAUACCUUCCAGUAUACCUGUUUCCAUCUCGAGCACAAUGGUCAGAGGAUCAAUGAUUUUGUCGAGCUGUCAGAGGUAAAGGACCUCAAACCAGACGACGAGAUUGUUUUGGUCGAAGAUCCCUACACCGAGAAAGAGGCUAGGUUGCACGUAGUCCGCAUACGGGAACUCAUUGGCGCCACCGGAGACCGAUCCGAUCAGCUUCAUGGCAUCUGCGCCGGUUUGUCCCUCCAUGAUGACAAGUUCGGCUCUGUCCAUGCUCCUGCCAGCAAGACGGAAGACAAUCCUUUGGCGGGUUAUGAGGUCGACGGACGGGUGUCCCUAGACACCAUCUUACCAUCUCACCAGGACACCUUGCCAAGGACAAUCAAGUCGCUCGCAGUCUCUCAAUGGAAUCCUCCUCCAUACCACCUUCGUCAGCGAGGCCACUUGCUCUAUCUACAGUUGACCACCAACGAAGGCGAGCAACACCAGAUCACUGGUACCGUUUCUGGCUUCUACGUCAACAAGUCCUCCAGCAACAAAUUUGAUCCCUUCCCGAGGCCCGCCCCCAAGAACCACAGUGCUCACUCCCUGUUGUCCUUGAUAUCCGCUCUGUCGCCAUCUUUCAAUGAAACCUUCGUUGAACUACAGAAGAUCAACGGCAGCAAAGACCUCCUCACCACGUUCCCGUUUCAGAACGCGAUUCCCGCAAACCCCUGGAUCGUUCCGUCUUACUAUGCACAGGGAAGCCAGCAUCAGGCAGAUCCCACCAGAGCCCAGGAGGCCUACUUGAUCGGAGGAGCGGAUGGUGCGGAGAAUCUUCGGGAUUGGAAUGAAGAGUUUCAGACCACCCGUGAACUACCCAGAGAGACCUUGCAAGACCGAGUUUUCCGCGAGCGGUUGACUUCUAAACUGUUUGCCGACUACAACGAUGCCGCAGCAAGAGGUGCCGUGCUUGUUGCUAGGGGUGAAGUGGCACCGCUGAAUCCAACCGAAGGCAGAGACGCGCAAAUCUUCAUCUAUAACAACAUAUUCUACUCCUUCGGGGCUGACGGCGUGCAGACAUUCGCCAGCGAGGGUGGUGACGAAGCUGCCAGAGUGGCUGUUGGGAAAGACGUUGCAGGUGUCAAAGCCGUUAAUCAGCUGGACAUCGAUGGGUUAUUCACUCCAGGCACGGUCAUAGUGGAUUAUCUUGGCAAGCGCAUUGUAGGCCAAAGCAUCGUUCCAGGGAUUUUCAAGCAACGAGAACCCGGGGAACAUCAAAUCGACUACGGCGGUGUCGAGGGACGGGACACUGUCACCGAGAAUGAAGCUUUUGUUCCGGUCUUUCAGAAGCUCUCGAAAGCACUACACGUCAAGAAGCAUGCGGUCUGGGAUAAGGAAGGCCACCGACACGAUCUGGAGGGAAGUGUCGAGACCAAAGGACUAUUGGGCACCGACGGUCGAAAAUAUGUGCUCGAUCUCUACCGUAUCACUCCACUAGACGUGGCUUGGUCCGAGGAGGUUGAAGCUGACACCGGGGACGAGAAGUACCCACAUCGGAUGUCUGUCUUACGAGUAGAGCUGGUGGAGACGUACUGGCACAUGAAAAUGCAGGAGUUUGUGAGGGCAGAAGUUGACAAACGCCGCUCAAAGCAGACCAAUGGCCAUUCCGGGGACCUCAAAGAUGGCGAAGAAGAGAAAACCAAAGACCACGCCCCUGAAGGAGAGAGCACAGAGAACAAGUCCGGUGAGCCUCAAGACGAACCUGGCAAGGUUGCUCCGGCGUUGGAGCAGGAACGGGUUGACAUUUCGGACUUCACCUUGGCACUGAAUCCCGACGCGUGCAGUGGUCAGAUCCCCCAGACUGAGGAAGAAAAGCAAGAAUACGAUGCAGAUGAAAAGGAAGUUCGUGCGGUGUGCGAGUUUUUGCGAACCAAAGUCAUUCCAGAUCUCAUCAACGAACUCCAUGAUGGCGAUGUUGGCUUUCCGAUGGAUGGUUAUUCCCUCUGCCAACUCAUCCACAAGCGUGGAAUCAACAUCAGGUACUUGGGACGACUUGCAAAGGCUGCCGAAGACAAGGGCGAGCGGCUCCAAGCAUUUUCGACGGUGGUAUUGCAGGAAAUGGUGGCUCGAGCAUUCAAGCACAUUGCAAAUCGCUACCUACGCCAUCUGCCUGUCAUCUUCGCCGGUACCUGCAUAGCGCAUUUGUUGAAUUGCCUCCUGGGCGUUGACAUCAAUGCCAACCCGCGUGCCGAGAUUGACGAAGACCUGCGGGCUCUGUAUCCCGGCGGAGAUUUCUCGUUUGAGGAAGUCAACCCCACGAAGCUAAAAGCGGCCAUCGAGAAACAGGUCAGGAUCCGAUAUAGGUACGCGCUGAAGGAGGAUUGGCCGAUGACAAUCCGCCCAUUGCCAAUGCUUCGAGAAAUCUCGUUAAGGCUUGGGCUCCAACUGGUGGCGCGAGAGUUCAGUUUCAGUAAAGGGGUGCAAAUGCUCGUUGAUGCAUCACCUGCUCGAAGCGCCAGUGACUCGCACUCGAAUAGCGGCGGUCAGCCGGACGAGGGAAACAAAAAGAAGAAAAAGAAGGGUGGUGAGCAAGCACAAUCCGGCAAUGGAGCUGGCAAGCCCUGCACAACCUUCAGUGCCGAGGACAUCCUCAAUAUUGCCCCCAUUGUCAAAGACGCCGCUCCAAGAAGUGCGCUGGCCGAAGAAGCUUUGGAGGCCGGCAAGCUCUCUCUUGCCCAGGGCCAGAAGCAACUUGGACAGGAACUUGUCCUCGAGUCUCUUUCUCUGCAUGAACAGAUCUAUGGAAUCCUUCACCCUGAGGUGGCUAAGAUGUACCAUUCACUGUCGACGAUCUACUAUCAGACAGAUGAGAAGGACGCAGCCGUAGAGCUCGCACGCAAAGCUGUGAUUGUCACGGAACGGACAUUGGGGGUGGACUCACACGACACGAUCCUGGCAUAUCUCAAUCUUUCCCUGUUCGAACAUCAUACUGGCAAUACGAGGCAAGCCUUGAAAUAUGUCCGACAUGCGUUGGAUAUUUGGAGGAUCAUUUUUGGACCUAAUCAUCCUGACUCAAUUACGACAAUGAACAACGCAGCGGUUAUGCUUCAGUCUAUCAAAGAAUAUUCAGAGUCUCGCAAGUGGUUUGAAGCUUGCUUCACAGUCUGUGAGAGUCUCUUCGGACGCCAGUCUAUCAACGCGGCUACCAUCCUGUUCCAGUUGGCGCAGGCCUUGGCUUUGGACGGAGACCCGCAUGGGGCCGUCAACAAGAUGCGAGACGCGUACAGUAUCUUCCUGACAGAACUCGGAGCAAACGAUCGAAACACCAAAGAAGCGGAGAGCUGGCUGGAACAAUUGACGCAGAACGCGGUGUCAAUUGCCAAGCAGGCCAAACUGCUGCAGAAUCGGCGUCUGGCAGGGAUCCGCCAUCUUCCCAGAAUGGGUAUGGGCACGAGGCUCCAGCCGCAAAAUGCCAGCACGGCUGCCUUGAAUGCAAGCUCCAGGGCCGGAGCAGCUCAGCCGAGUGUACGCACCGGAACAGGUGAUCCCACCUUCGACACCAGAAGCAUUGACGAGCUAUUGCGAUAUAUCGAAGGCGGGGAGGUCAAGCCUAAACAAAAGAAAAAGUCGCUCAACCCAAAGGCCCGAGCAUCCAGGAAGGCCAUAGUUGUCUAG